CGUCGGAUGAGGGCGCACUUGAGCUCAGCGGAAACGGUGUCGUGUUUCGUCGAAGGCUGAUGGCAUUUGUCAUAAACAGGAAGAGCGUUUGGGAAGACUGUGAGCGGUUUACCUGAUCAUGGGCAAGAGCUGUAAGGUGGUCGUGUGCGGCCAAGGGUCAGUGGGUAAAACUGCUGUUUUAGAGCAGUUACUGUAUGCCAACCAUGCUGCAGGUUCUGAGACCAUCGAGACGCUGGAGGACAUUUACAUAGGGUCUGUGGAGACGGACCGUGGCACACGAGAGCAGGUGCGGUUUUAUGACACACGAGGGCUGCGUGAUGGUCAGGAGUUCCCGCGGCAAUACUUCAGCUUCGCAGACGGAUUUGUGCUUGUCUACAGCAUUGACAGCAAAGAGUCCUUCAAACGCAUGGAGCUCUUGAAGAAAGAGAUCGACCGCUGCCGCGAUAAAAAAGAGGUCACGAUUGUUGUUCUGGGUAAUAAGUUUGACCUACAAGAUCAGAGGAAAGUGGACAGUGAGGCGGCUCAGCAGUGGGCGCGGCAGGAGAAGGUCAGGCUGUGGGAGGUGUCAGUGACCGACCGGAGAACACUUAUUGAGCCUUUCGUUCAUUUGGCCAGUAAAAUGACCCAACCUCAGAGCAAAUCCACCUUCCCUCUCAGCCGCAACAAGAACAAGGGCAGUGGCUCCCAAGACAGCUAGAGAUGGAGGAUGAAAUAAACAGAGGUGGGGCAAAUAUCAGACAGAGGAGAACCAAGUGAAAAUAUGGAGCAAGAAAGAUCUCUAAAGAGAGAAAUAUUAAUGGAAGAAGACAUGGAAUCUUUAAAAAAAUAUUUGUUUAAAUGUUAACUGCAACAAUAUUAAAUGAAAGAUACACAUGUUCGGAACAAUGUAUAAAGUUACUGCAUUUAUUUACAAUUAUCAAGUUGUUUAUGAACAUAUGGCUUAAGUUUGUUUUGUGUAAUAAUAAUACCACACUGAAAUAUGUACCUCCGCAGUUACAUAGUUGUUACAAUUUAUGUAAAAACCAGCAAGGGUCACUUAAAUUCAUUGCAGACAAUGUAUUUUGCAUAUGAUGUUGCCAUUAUGACUGGUACUGGUAAGUCUUAGAUUGCAAUCUGUGUGAAUGUGAGUUUUUCUUAAUUUCAUAUUUUUACUUAUUCAAAACAGACAUUCCAAUCAACAAAAUGUUUACUGUUUUAUUUCACAAGAACAUCUUUCUGAGUCGACAAAACGAGUAUGUGAGAUUCCAAGUAUCACCACUGUGCCAUUGUACUGUUAGCCCUCAUGACACUGCAUUUCAGUUACAUCUUUAUAAAGCUUGUGUCAUCAUAUUCUAGAAUGUUAUUUUGCUAAAUGUUAUUUUAAAGCUAACUCACACUUCUCAACAAACACAAAGCCUACAGUUGUUGCAGUGUACUCUUUUAAUACUUGGUGGUAUUUGUUGGGAAGUGUGAGCAUGGCAGUAAAACUUUGGAAAGAUUGUUGCUGUAAGUUUGAAUAAGCUUUUAUAAUGAUAUAUAUCAUCUCAUCCUUUUGAAAUGUAAAUUAUUUACAUACGUUUAGCCAUUCAUGCUACUGGUGCUAUUAUUUCUGCUUGAAAAAGUUGUGAGUAAUCGCUUUAAAUAUUUAGCUGAUAUGGGUUGGCACUGGUUUCCGUUGACUUUUGUGUAAAUGCAUUAAUGUAUUUUCACUACAAAGCAUUAUGUACUAUAUGAUUGUCAUAUUAUUAAAGAUUUUUGCCUGGCAUUGCA